GCGACAACCACCGGCGAGCAGAGCACCAUGGCUAUAAACUUGCCGGCCCGUCCUGAGAGCGAACCACCCGAGUACGUACGCAGCAGAUCGAGCAAGCGUACAACAGCGCCUGCGAACGCGUGUGCAGCAGCUAGCUUGGAAAAGACCAAUGGCGGCGCCCCGUGACGUUUCUUGUAGUCCUCAGGUCGUCCUCCUGGCCGUCGCCGUCGCGCUCGGGUUCGGCGUCCAGGCCGGCGCGGCGCAGCUGUGCGAGGCGUACUACGACCGGACGUGCCCCGACGUGCAUCGGAUCGUGCGGCGGGUGCUGAAGAAGGCGCGCCAGGCCGACGUCCGCAUCUACGCCAGCCUCACCCGCCUCCACUUCCACGACUGCUUCGUCCAAGGUUGCGACGGGUCGAUCCUGCUGGACAACAGCUCGAGCAUCGUGUCGGAGAAGUUCGCGACGCCGAACAACAACUCGGCGCGCGGGUUCCCCGUGGUGGACGCCGUCAAGGCGGCGCUGGAGGCGGCCUGCCCCGGCGUCGUCUCAUGCGCGGACAUCCUCGCCAUCGCCGCCAAGAUUUCGGUUCAACUGUCCGGCGGCCCCCGGUGGCGUGUGCGGCUCGGCCGGCGCGACGGCACCACCGCCAACAUCACCGCCGCGAACAACCUCCCGAGCCCCUUCGACAACCUCACCACGCUCCAGCAGAAGUUCGGUGCCGUCGGCCUCGAUGACACCGACCUCGUCGCCCUCUCGGGGGCGCACACGUUUGGGCGCGCGCAGUGCCAGUUCGUGACGGCCCGGCUGUACAACUUCAGCGGGACGAACAGGCCGGACCCGACGCUGGACAGGGGAUACCGGGCGUUCCUCUCCCGGAGAUGCCCGAGGGGCGGGAACAGCUCGGCGCUCAACGACCUCGACCCGACCACGCCGGACACCUUCGACAAGAACUACUACACGAACCUCGAGGUGCGCCGGGGGUUCCUGCAGUCCGACCAGGAGCUGCUGUCGACGCCCGGCGCGCCCACGGCGGCGCUCGUCGACCGGUUCGCCAGCAGCCAGAAGGCGUUCUUCAAGAGCUUUGCCAGGUCCAUGAUCAACAUGGGGAACAUCGAGCCGCUGACGGGGAGCCAGGGGGAGGUUCGGACAAACUGUCGGAAGGUCAAUGGGAGCUAGUGAGCGAUCGAGGAUACAAGCAGGUUGUAAUUGUGUCAUGUUUAAGUUAAACUGCUGAACAUAUUCUGCUGUAACGGACGAUGCCUGCGAACAUGUAGGUACUGUUGAGGUUAUUAUGCACUGAUUUGUUUUUCUCAUGGAGGUUCAAUAAAGACAUGUCUCCAUUUCA